GCUAAGCGAGCCGCCAUUUGUAUUUCCUUGAACUCUCUUUUGUUUAUUUCGUCUUCCAACAAAUUGAGUUUGUUGUAGUUUGCCGUGAGGUUCGGCCAUCAUUAUGGCCAUGAUACCUGUGGCAGGUGCUUCUGGAAAGAGAAAAGAAAUUUAUAAAUAUGACGCGCCUUGGACGAUAUACGGCAUGAACUGGAGCGUGCGGCCUGACAAACGAUUUCGACUCGCGUUGGGUAGCUUCGUAGAGGAAUACAACAAUAAGGUCUGAUACAAAACGAAUUUGUGUUUAUUUUAUAAACUUUACUUCCAUUUGAUCGGAUCUUUUCAAUUAUCACUGUCUUUAGGUUCAGAUUAUUUAUCUCGACGAGGAUACCGGCGACUUUGUGGUGAAAGCGACUUUUGACCAUCCAUACCCAACAACAAAAAUUAUUUGGAUUCCUGACAGUGUAAGUCGAUUGAACUUUUAUUUUGAUAAAUGGUGUCCUAGUCGUAGUUUUCUCUUCGAUAAUUGUACCGAGUUAAACACAGAAUCUUGAAGGUAUGUUGCUGCCCAUCCAGUGAAAAUCUACGACAGAAGUUCAGCAUGCUUUCCUUGUGAUCUUAAACAAAAGCUUGAUGCCCCUCGUAGAAGCUUAUUAUCAAAUGCAAAUUAUUUUUCAUCGCCAGUACGCAAUAAAAGCACGACAGUUUUACCUGCUAAACGUUUUUCGUUUGAGGCGACCGCCCAUAAAGGUUUUCAUUAUCUUGUUCAUUCAUGUUCUGUAAAUGGAAGUAAAACGACUCUUUGAUUGAAAGCUAAAUUGAGCACUUUUGUUUAGACACACAAUGAACAAGUUAACAGCUUUUCUAUGAAUGAAAACGGUAUGGUGGCUUUGACAAUCAAACAUCAAUUUGCCUGUAUUGCUCAUAUCAAGCUGUAAAUUGUUAAUUUGUGGCUUUAAUUUUUCUCAGUUUUUCCGCCAAAUUAUUGUCCGAGUAAUGUUUGAUAUCAGCAAAACUUCACACAUAAUUAUAGCAGCUUGUAAGCUAGUGCACUAGUCUUAUGAAAUAGUGCUUUUUAACUUCAUUUAACAGUGGCUAAAUUUAUCAUCUAAAACUUUUUGUCAUUUCAUUCACUUUCUCAUUUUUAAGUCAAUGCCUUUUACGCAGAAUGUUUGCACAUUAUAUGUGUACAUACAGGAAUACAUUUACAUGUAUGAGAAUUGUGGUAGAACUGCACAGUGUAUCAUCUCUGUCACUGGGAUCCUUGAAUUGUCAGUGUAGGGCUGUCCUAACAUGAAAUAAUUUUAUGGCUGGCGUCUUGUAGAGGCAGCAUCUUGAAGUUAGUUUUGAGUAGUAGCAAUCUUCUCUUCAGUUUUUUUUUUACAUUUAACACAUCUGUAGCUCCAACAGUAUUUAUAUAAAACUGAUAAAGCGGCCUUAGUGGAGGAUUACAGGGAUGUCACUAAGAGCCAGCUGCUGGCUAAUUUCAUGGAGAGCUUACCACAUGCUCGAAUCGCUGUGGAAAACAAAGACAUGGAGUAAUUUUAAAGAUGCAGUUGACUAAAAUAGUCAGCUUGACUAAUAAUAAAGCCUGCUUAGGUUUUCCUUAGCUACAUCCCUGGGAUUAUGUAUAUAAUUGAGAAAUAGCUUUCUGAAGCAAAUCCUGUGUUCUAAUUGUUUACCCAUGAAAGCAUGUAGGCCUAUCUUGCCCACUGAUUUGCCCCUAUGCUCCCACUAGUAAAAAUUUUCUUUUGACCAUCUACAUGUGAUAAAGUCUUAAUUGUCCAAUCUUUGUUGAGAUGGCUAUUUAUUAGCCUGCAUUGCGGAUGUAAUGUCUGCGAAGCAGCGCCUAAUUCCAUGUUCUAGGCCCCCAACGAACUCAGCAUAUAACUGGAAAUGCAUUUUGAAUUUCCUUUCAACCUGAGUCUCAAAUCAACAAUGGCUUCUUUAACAAGCUAAUCAAGUCCAUAGGUGAGGGGCUAGAACAAGGAUUUUGGUGUUGUUUCACAGACAGACUUUGUUUUGUCUGCAGAGCAGGCUAGCUAUUUAUUGGCCUCAUUCUUUUUAAUACCUUUUUUAUGGACCUUCACUUUGCCUUAGUCGUUCAAGGGUAAACAGCCUACAUGUACAUGUACUUGGCUUGGUGCUUGUUGAACAACACAUACAUGUGUACAAACAACUGUACACUGUAUGAUAUACGUGUAUUUACCAGAAUUUACACUUGAUUCUCAACAGAAAGGUGUAUAUCCCGAUUUAGUGGCAACUUCAGGUGAUUACCUCAGGGUAUGGAGAGUUAGUGACUCAGAUGUGCGUCUUGAGUGUCUGCUUAAUAAUGUAAGUAAACAAAAAUGUCUUAGUACUAUCAUACGUGCACAGGAGCAACAGUGUGUUAAACUUAAUCAUCUUACAUGUACAUGGCAGGCCACAACGCGGCUAAAACAAAUGUGAAUUCUAUCUUGUCCUUUAGGCAAGCAGUUCUAACUUUUGUUUGCUCAUGGCCUCUUCUUGCCUGUCUUAGUUAGUGAUUUUGUUAGAGGAUGACUUGCCUAGACCCUUGUCCAUUGAGCAAGUGAGUUUUAAAAGUAACUUGCCCAACAAGAAAAUCUGCUUGUCCCGCACUCCCAGACAGGACUUUCUUCAAGCUCUGCCACUAGCGUUCAGCCCCAUAUAAGCACAAAUAGUUGUCAAUUCCUUAAUAUUAGUUAUUCUGCCUUUAAAUUUGUCUUAAAAUAAACUGCUACUAAGGUUCUCCUGUUAUUUGCUAGUAAAUCAAUAGGGGAAUUUUAAACUACAGACUAAGACUUUCUUGGGACCUUAUUCGAUGCACCCCAUUCUGUGAAGGGCCACAAAAUAGCAGAUUUGUGUGUCACACAGAUCUUGUAUUAUUUAAUUUUUUUUAUGCAAAAACCAUUGCUGUACACUGUUAUUUCUUACAUUUGUCUACAGUGUGUGUGUACAUUUUGUACUUGUUCUUGUUUACACAGAAUAAGAACUCUGACUUUUGUGCUCCUUUGACAUCUUUUGACUGGAAUGAAGUGGAUCCAAAUCUACUAGGAACGUCAAGCAUUGAUACAACAUGUACGAUAUGGGGACUAGAGGUAAUGAUCAUAGCAUUUUUACAUGGGAUAUCAUAGUACUGUAUUGUAACUACUGUAGAGAUGAACCUAUCCACAAUGGACGACUUGGGGCAGAGACAUUUUAGAGAGGUUAAAGCAUAGGUGGAUGUACAUGAUCUUCUGAGACAAACAGAAGUGUCCACUCUGGAUGUGGUACAUUGUACAUACGCCGUAAAAUUCCGAAAAUAAGCCCCUCCAAAUGUAAGCCCCCCAAACUGGUGACACAAAAAACCCUUCGUUAAAUCGCCCCUCCAAAUAUAAGCCCCCAGGGGCUUGUACUUGGAAAGUGCCCUCAAAUACAAAGUAAAACGAAGCAAAAACGGUAAAUUUACUUCCAACUAUAAGGCUAGCCCAAUCGAUUUUGAAACGCAAAUUUCCUCUGUAGAUAAGCCCCUCCGUACAUAAGCCCCUCCAAAAAUAAGCCCCUCAAAAAGGGCCUUUGUGAAAUAUAAGCCCUGGGGCUUAUUUUCGGAAUUGUACGGUAACUUCCCAAUUGCUGUUAGUAGAGGUUUGACCAGUAGAACUCCCCUUUCAUUGUACAGCUUUACAUCAAUACAGUGUAUUCCUACCAGAUGGUGGGCACAGUUAAUCAUCUGUGCUCAGCCAUGUACACAAACAUGUUACAUUGAUGUAAAAAAACACAACAUCACUUAUAAACUUAUCUUAUACUUGUAUGUACAUGUAUAGGCGUAAAUGUACACAUACUGCAUAGCAUAAGGCUGUGUGAUCUUUGUCUUUUGGCUGACUGCAUUUAGUUUUUACCGAACAAAACUUAAGUCUGGAACAGGUAUCGUAUGCAUUGUGCAUAGGCUGAUGAUUAAUUCUGGAAUAUGCAAAAUAUAUACAUGUAAAUGGAUCCAUAUUAUUUACAUUUUAUUUUUGUAGACUGGUCAAGUUCUUGGCAGGGUAAACAUGGUGUCAGGACAUGUAAAAACACAGCUCAUUGCUCAUGACAAAGAAGUAAGUAAACUGUAACAAAUUACCUUUGCAUUUCACUCUUGUUGGAAGUGGGGAAAAGUUUUAUAGAUAAUGAUAGUGCCUCAUGAUAAUAAUGGUCACAGUGGAGUGGUAGCUUUGUAAUGUGAAUUGCUUGUUUUUUUUGGUGUGUGUAUUUUAGGUAUAUGAUAUUGCAUUUAGUCGUGCUGGUGGUGGAAGGGACAUGUUUGCUUCAGUAGGAGCUGAUGGUUCUGUGAGGAUGUUCGAUCUCAGGUGAUAUGCAUUUAAAUUGCAGCUAUUAUUAUGUGCAGUAACCUAACCUGGGAGCAGGACCGCAUAAGAGAGAGCACAUGAAAGCUGCUAAUAUUAGGCCUGAUACAAGGUGUGCCGCUGUGGCCAGAUUUUGGCCAUAAUGCUGAGUGCCUGUGAGAACAGUGCGACAGGUUGUGAUUGGGUAUUCUUCUCCUCCAACAAGGAUUUACAGAAAUUUAUUUUUUGAAUGUUUCUUCCUCUGCUUUUUUUUUCCUUUUUGGAGAUGAUAGUAGGGGUAUGGGUAAGAGGGUAAUGUACUGUCCGUUUUUGUGUACUGUACAAUGUUAGUGCUCACCAACCCACCAUGAUUCAGCUGCAGCUUGUUAUCUUACAAAGCACCCAAAGACCUUUUCUGCUCCUUGAUCUGCAUGUACCAACUGAAGGUUAAUCUUAACAAGAUUGCUAAAAAAACAUUUGUCUUGUCUACAGUACAUGCAACUAUUACAAUGUCACAUCAAAUUAUUAUUUCCUUUAUGUACAGACAUUUAGAACAUUCUACAAUAAUCUAUGAAGAUCCACAGCACAGUCCCCUGCUGAGGUUGUCAUGGAACAAACAGGAUCCUAACUACCUAGCAACAUUCUCUUUGGAUGCAAUGGAGGUUUGUUGAAACUUGCAUGGUAAAAAAUGUAAAAUAAUUAUAAAUUUGUAACAGUAACAUUGUGGAAAUUCGUCGAUAUAGCCAAGAAAGAGUAGUGGACCCAUUGUUUAAGUCAAAUGUGGAAAGCUGGCUUGUUCCCAGGAAGUAAAAAAUGUUGUGUUCAUUGCUAUGAAAUCUAGAUUCUUGCUGUCAGAUGUGUUUCAGUUUUAUCCUUUUUUGAAUUUUACAGUAUUUUCAUUAGUUUUUGGUUGUGGUAACACAUGUACAUGGUACUAAUGAGUUUGAAACAAAAGAAUAUAAACCGAGGAACAAAUUGGACCAAAAGAUGUACAUGUACAUGUGGUAUUUUAGAGUGAGAACGCUUGACAUCAGGUUUGCAUGUGAUGUACAUACAAAUUAUUUCCUUCUUUUUAUGGUAUAUCCAGGUGAUAAUAUUAGAUGUCAGAGUACCAUGCACUCCCGUAGCAAGAUUAAAUAAUCACAGAGCUUGUGUCAAUGGAAUUGCAUGGGCGCCACAUUCAUCUUGUCACAUUUGUACUGCAGGUUAGUUCAAUGUCUGAACAUGUUUUUGUGUACAGUGUAGCAAAUAUUACAUACAUACAAAGCUAAAGAAUGAACAAUGAGUAGGCACUAAAGUCAAGAACAAAAGUGUGCCAGCCAUCUUGUCCCCAUCCAUGUGCAUUUCUUCUUAGUUGUUGAUGUAUCAUUUGCACUUGCCUGCAUGAUCAAUCCGACAUCUUGUAUACAUGUAAUUAUCCCCAACGAGUUCAACAAUACAGCUACGCAUAUAAAUUUGUAUUUUGAGCCUUCAAAGUGUUAGUGAAGUGACAACUGCAUGACAAUAAUUUAUACAUGUGUAUGACUGUGUUUGAAGCGAUUUAAGCCCAGUCUGUGUGAGGCUAUCCGUUCGGAAUAAACCGCAUGUAUAACGAGUUAUCAUUUGCAGGGGUGUGCUCUAGCAGAGCCCGGUGGCCCCUGGCACCUAACUUUUGCCCUCGGGCGACAAGAAAAUCUCAGAUUUUUCAUACUGAUCAGAUGCUGGGCACCCUAGAUUUUACAGUUUCAGAGCACUGGGCUCCCUUCAAUUUUCCUUAGAGCACAGCCUUGAUUUGUGCGGAGCACGGUGAAUAAAAAUAGUAACGAUAAUUGUAGCUGUACAUACAUGGACAUGCAAGUUGUGAAGAAAUAGCACAUUGUUAGAUUUGUUGAAAUGCCUUAAAGAUCAGGAAAGUCAAGAAAUGUCAUUAGGUCAUUAGGUCGCACAUGAAAGUCCAAACUGAUGGUUGCACUUGCGGAAGUCAAGGAAAACUACAUGUGUGAGUCAGAACGGAGCUUGUCAUGCCAUCACACAAGUUGUUAAUUGGUUGUUAACAAGCCAUGCCUCAGGUUGCUAUGUCAUAGAUUCAACCUGAAAAUUUUCGCUACACACUGGGCUUGUGGAGUUACUGUAAUUAAAUGUAGAUGAAGGACCCUUUUUCAAAUGGAUUUCAUCUGGAAUUUGGCACUAAGAAAAUAUGGAAUGUACACCCCUGUGCAUGCAUCUGUUUCACCACAACUAUCACCUGUAUCUCAAUAUGGCCUGAUGCUAGCACAGUACAACUCAACAGAAAGAGAGUGGUCGUACAUGUACGUUGUAAAACGUUUUGAACGGUUUUUGAUAAUGUCCUCGAUUCUUAAGUUUCUCUGCACAUUGUUUAAAAUACAGUAGCAGCAUCCAUCGGUGCACUGUUUAUCACAAUUCAUUCUAAGUACAGUGAACAUUUAAUAAUUCACUCAAGAAACACAGGUUUUAAUGGAAGGCAUAUGCACGUAUUUCUUUAGUUUUCUAUACUUAAGGAUUCAUCGCUCAUUCUUAAAGGGUGAAUGAGAGAAGAGUUUCUCAAAACCAGCUUUAUGCCAUCUGUCUUUUUUUUUUUUUUGGGCGAAACGUUUCUCAAAGAUGUUGUUCCUUAAGAUGAAAUCAAUGAGCUUAACGACUUGUCUCUUUUGCGUCUCUUUUUUUCACAAUGUAGGCAAUUUGAGUAAACAAAAAUUAAUAAAAGAGGUACAAGGUAUACGUGUGGUUCCCUGUGUAACUCCAGUAUUUGAAAUACGUGCUGACAGUCUUUAUUGUAUUCAGCAAUUUGCGUCAUCUGCUUUCCAUGGAAUACAAGAACUAGAGACUCAGACGGUAAUGACGGAGAAAAUCUUAUCGGCUUUGAAGCUCAAUGAAACAUUAUGA